CGGCGCGGGUGGCGGUGGCGGCGGCGGCAGCAGCAGGAAGAGGCCGCUGCUCACCCCGCUCUGCAACGGUCUCAUCAACUCCUACGAGGACAAGAGCAACGACUUCGUCUGUCCCAUCUGUUUUGAUAUGAUUGAAGAAGCCUACAUGACAAAAUGUGGACACAGCUUCUGCUAUAAAUGUAUUCACCAGAGCUUGGAGGACAAUAACAGAUGUCCCAAAUGCAACUAUGUUGUGGACAACAUAGAUCAUCUUUAUCCCAACUUCUUAGUCAAUGAACUUAUUCUUAAACAGAAGCAAAGAUCUGAGGAGAAAAGACUCAAACUGGACCAUUCAGUGAGUAGCACCAAUGGCCAUAGGUGGCAGAUAAUUCAAGAUUUAUUGGGAACUGAUCAAGACAAUCUUGACUUGGCCAAUGUCAACCUGAUGCUGGAGCUGCUGGUGCAAAAGAAGAAGCAGUUGGAAGCAGAGUCCCAUGCUGCCCAGUUGCAGAUCCUUAUGGAAUUUCUUAAAGUUGCCAGGCGAAACAAACGAGAGCAAUUGGAGCAGAUCCAGAAGGAGCUAAGUGUUCUGGAAGAAGAUAUUAAACGAGUAGAGGAAAUGAGUGGCUUGUAUUCCCCGGUCAGUGAGGACAGUACGGUGCCGCAGUUUGAGGCUCCCUCACCUUCACACAGUAGUAUUAUUGAUUCCACGGAGUAUAGCCAGCCUCCAGGCUUCAGUGGCAGUUCUCAGACCAAAAAGCAGCCAUGGUAUAACAGCACACUAGCCUCACGACGCAAGCGGCUCACAGCUCAUUUUGAGGACCUAGAGCAGUGCUAUUUUUCCACCAGGAUGACACGUGUCUCAGAUGACAGCAGAACCACAAGCCAGCUGGAUGAGUUUCAGGAGUGCCUGUCCAAGUUCACGCGCUACAAUUCUGUCCGACCCCUGGCAACGCUGUCCUACGCUAGUGACCUCUACAAUGGUUCCAGCAUAGUAUCCAGUAUUGAGUUUGACCGAGACUGUGACUACUUUGCCAUCGCUGGGGUGACAAAGAAGAUUAAAGUCUACGAGUAUGGUACAGUCAUUCAGGACGCGGUGGAUAUUCACUACCCUGAGAAUGAAAUGACCUGUAAUUCCAAAAUCAGCUGUAUCAGCUGGAGUAGUUACCACAAGAACCUGCUAGCCAGCAGCGACUAUGAAGGCACAGUCAUCCUGUGGGAUGGAUUCACGGGACAAAGAUCCAAGGUCUACCAGGAGCAUGAGAAAAGGUGCUGGAGUGUUGACUUUAACUUGAUGGACCCGAAACUAUUGGCUUCAGGCUCCGAUGAUGCCAAAGUGAAGCUGUGGUCUACCAACUUGGACAACUCCGUAGCAAGCAUCGAGGCCAAGGCUAACGUGUGUUGUGUCAAAUUCAGCCCCUCUUCUAGGUAUCACCUAGCUUUUGGCUGUGCAGAUCACUGUGUUCACUACUAUGAUCUUCGCAACACUAAGCAGCCAAUCAUGGUGUUCAAAGGGCAUCGCAAGGCAGUCUCCUACGCAAAAUUUGUGAGCGGGGAAGAAAUUGUCUCUGCGUCAACAGACAGUCAGCUGAAGCUGUGGAACGUCGGGAAGCCUCACUGCUUGCGCUCCUUCAAGGGUCACAUCAACGAGAAGAAUUUCGUUGGACUCGCAUCCAAUGGAGACUACAUCGCCUGUGGAAGCGAAAAUAAUUCCCUCUACCUAUACUAUAAGGGCCUCUCAAAGACACUGUUGACAUUCAAGUUUGAUACGGUUAAAAGUGUCCUGGACAAGGACCGGAAAGAAGAUGACACGAACGAGUUUGUGAGUGCUGUAUGCUGGAGAGCACUACCAGAUGGGGAGUCCAACGUGCUGAUUGCUGCUAACAGUCAGGGUACAAUUAAGGUACUAGAGCUGGUAUGAAGGGUUUUCUCUCAAGGCAUGAGGUACUUGGUCCGGCUGAUAUGCUACAGUAUUCAUCUGGGAUCCUCAGCGGGACAAGAAACCGAAACCACCUUGAUGUUCCUCCCCAAAACCAUCAUGUUUGGGUUGUUUUUUUUCUCCAUUUAUGGACUUUCUGGGACGUUUUAAGACACUGGAAACACCAGUGAACUGUCUGCCAUCAACAUUAACUCCACAGACUUUGCUGCUGCUGGUGGUGGUGGUAUGGUUGUCUAAUUUUUAUGAUAGGAAAACAAAUUCUUUUAAAUAAAAACAAAAAGGAAUAAUAAAAUUUAUUGAGCCACAAGCUGAAGCUGGAAGAUUCUCUCUUGUUGCAUAUGGGAACAGAUUUACAUGGGAAGGGAGCUUACAGAACCACAUAGGGCUGUCCUCAGUUGCACAUCUCUGGUUGCUUUCAUCUGGACUGUUCCUUCAUCCCCUCUGGAAAAAGAAAGUCUCUAAGCCUUACUUGGACAUGCAAGCAAUCUGCUUUGAGAUCCCAUAACAGUAUGGCUGAGUUGUUCCUUUGAUUUAUUUUUGGUUUUUUUAGAUGCAUUAAAUGUUGAGAAGUGUCACCCAAGUUGACACCGCUGGAGACUGAAGUCCUCUGGUCAUCAACAAGAGAAGGGCAGCUUCCCCUCUCCUUCCUCCUCUCCUUCCAAAGGGGCAGCUCCAAAGUAGAGAAGUAUGUUGUCCUGUCCACAUAAACCUGGGCCUCUCUGCCUGCCACCAGCAAGGUGCUGAUAUGAGGUGACCUGCAGUUACCUGGGACCUGGACUGACCUCACCAAGAUGCUGUGGGAUGAUAAGUCUCACUCACACACACAGACACACACACGCACGCACACAUUGUCCUGGCUGUGUUUGACUAUCUCAGCUAGAGGAGGAAGCUUCUAGAUCCAGUUACCAAAGCCCUGCACCACUUAAUUGCCCCGUGUGGUCUGGUUGCAUUGGCCCCUCUCUGCACACCAUGGAAGCCAAACGUUUUGAACCUUGUAACAAGAGAGGGGCUCGGAGUUGGUUUGUAACGUGUUUCAGAGCCAUGAUAUAAGUAGCCUUAUUUUUAAUGGUCAUGCAUACACUUAAUUGUACAUACGGAGGGGGAAUAAACCAUGAUGCUAAGA